AGUCGUCAGUGAGGAUGAGUUCGCAGGCGGAGCUCCGCAGCUGGGUCGGCGUGGUGGCCAAGGGCCCGGGCUCCCCUCGGAGAGGCGGCGAGGCUGCGCUGAUGCACCCUGUGCUGAAAGCCUUUGUUUGUGGUUCCAUCAGUGGGACCUGCUCCACCUUGCUGUUCCAGCCUCUAGACCUGCUUAAAACUCGGUUACAGACCCUGCAACCAUCUAUCAAUGCGUCAGGUCGUGUUGGGAUGGUAACUCUGCUCUUUAAGGUUGUUCGCACAGAAAGCUUACGAGGAUUGUGGAAAGGUGUUUCUCCUUCAUUUGCAAGAUGCAUUCCAGGAGUGGGGAUUUACUUCAGCACUUUAUAUAUGAUAAAGCAGCGGUUCGUGCUGGAUCGUUCCCCUACAGCUUUGGAAUCAGUUCUGCUGGGCGCAGUCUCACGUACCAUCGCUGUCGUUUGCAUGUCACCUGUCACUGUAGUGAAAACACGAUAUGAGAGUGGAAGGUAUGGCUAUGAGAGCGUGCAUGGAGCCCUGAGAAAUAUCUACCGGUCAGAAGGUGUCCAGGGUUUAUUUAGUGGUCUGACAGCAACACUCUUGCGAGAUGCACCCUUCUCUGGCAUCUAUCUGAUGUUCUACAUGCAGACAAAGAAGAUCACACCCUACGACCAAUUGGAUCCCGCACUCACACCUUUAGUGAACUUUGGCUGUGGAACUUUUGCUGGAAUUCUGGCAUCACUGGCUACGCAGCCUGCUGAUGUCAUCAAAACCCAUAUGCAGCUGUCGUCUGAAAAACACCGUCGGACAGGAGAAGUCAUUACCUUAAUUUUCAGGGAUUAUGGGCUGGCUGGCUUCUUCCGUGGUGCCAUCCCAAGAGCUUUGCGGCGCACACUUAUGGCAGCAAUGGCGUGGACUGUGUAUGAACAGAUGAUGUCAAAAAUGGGCUUGAAAUCUUGAAUGUGCUGGAAGACAAAUAGCCUUAACUUUUGUUCUUCCACCAUUUUCUGUGAUCUGCUAGUGAGAAGGGAGCUGUGAACGAUUCCCGCCCGGAAGGAUGUACCCAUUGUGGGGAAGCACUGCAGUGGUAGCAGACCAAGGAAACUUCCCUCAUGGAAAUGGGAGUGGAGGGAAAUAUUGGUUUGGUCAUGAUAGUGAAAGUAUUCCAGAGAGAUUGUCACACCUGGGGUGUGAGAAGUGUGUCAAACUCUGGUGUUGUGUGUGAGCUAUGCCGCUGAGACUCUGCUUUUUGAGGAAAGUUCUUUUUUGCCAUUUAGGCUGAGCAGCUUAAUCUGAAAACUCUUGGGAAAGAUGUUGGCAACAGGGACUUCUAGAUCUGUAACCUCAUUACUGACCUUGGUGGCAGGUCCAGUCUCCUAGACUGUGUGGUAACUCUCCCAGUCUCUCCUCUUUUCAACCUGUGUUCUUGCUUUGUGGCAAACUUACAUAAAGGGGUAGGUUUACAGUGAAUCCAUCUCUUUCAUCAGGUGCAAUUCCUGCUGUAUUAAAAAUGAGAGAGAGACUAAAUGAACACAGACUUGAAAGCAACAGUGGAAAAUAAUGAUCUUGCCAGUCCUUAAGGGAUAGAUUUUGUCUGCCAGACAGUGUAGCCUUGAAGUGUAAUUCCAAUAUCCUCUGCUUCUGUCUUAACAAACACAGUUUGAUCUACUUAAAUUGUCCUCAUUUAAGUGGUUCUAAGCAGAUAGGUUACUUUGACUGUUUCUCCUCUGUGCGCAUAAAAUGGGGAAAAAUUAAAUAGAGCUAUUGAAGAAAAACCUUGUAGAGUCGCAUGCUGGGGCUAAUCCGUUUAAACAAAAGCAUUGUAAUGUUACCAUUGAAACCACACUCCCUGAACACUUCUGCUUACAGUCUUGGCUAUUUUUUGGCUUUUCUUUAGCUGAGCACUGCCCAAUAUUCUUAAACACUCCAGCUCAAGGAUUAGUAUUGGAGUAUAUUUCCAUGCUACAGUAAGCUUUCCCACCUGCACCCUUCCCUGAAAUCUAUUGUCCUAAAAGGCAAAUGGAGGCAAAUCUUUCAUAGAAUGUUUGUAUUGAAAACUACGACAUGCGACUCCUGCUGACCUUGUUUAGCAACUCUUUCUAUGUUAAGAAACUUCAUUGUCUUCUCCAUGAUUCUGAAUCCUGCAAGCUUAAGUGAAAAAACUUCCAUUUUCUCUUUGGGUUUUCAAGGAACUCCAUUUCACCUGUGAGCACUUAGAAAAAGUUGGACCACGUCUUUUUAUGAAGUUAGUGUGUUUAACUCUUUGCUAAUAAAAACACUGAAUUUUCAAAUAA